UUUUAUUGUGUAAAUAUUAACCGGAUGUUCCGGUCGUCUCGAGCUGCGGCUAUUGACGGAUGUUGCGUCACUGCUGCUUUAAAGCAGGCAGAGUCGAACCGAUCCGAGCAGAACCAGGCCACGCAACCCGAACCAGAUGGAUCAUAUCGGAGCCUGAAAACUCGGACUAGAACCAGGGCUGAGACCCGGAACACAUCCUGGAUUAAACAGCUCGAUCCAACCCGGAAACUCCCGGGACCAAAACCCGGAUUAAAGCCCGUGUGUCGGGACGUUGGAGCCGGAGUGAAGCCGCCUCAGUACCCGGGCCUCCUGCUCCAAAAUGGCCGACGCCGAGGUCUCCUUGUCCCCGGCUCUGCGGCCGCUUCAUAUUAGCCCCUCCCACUCAGCCCCGCCCCCUCCACCAGCCUCCUCCUCCUCCCCCACCACCUUCUCCUGCCCCUCCUCCCCCUCCAGCGCCUCCUCUUCCUCCUCUUCUUCAUCAUCCUCCUCUUGUUCUGAGAGCUCCUCUGACUGUCCGGCCCAUCACCACCACCACCACCACCACCACCACCCCCCCCCACAGCAGCCACAGCCUACACCCACCCGCGAGCAGCCCUCCACCCCCAGUGCCAGCCCCCCCAGCUCCAGCCCCAGCGGGAGCAUUGGCAGCACUGGCAGCCUUGGCAGCAGCGCCAGCGAGGGAAUCGGUAGCAGCGGUACGUCGAGCGGUGGCGACCCGCGAGGCCCCAGCCCCCCGCUGGAUGUCAUCUCAGAGGACGCCAUGGAGAUGGACCUGGGAGUUGACCAAGUGAUUGACCCAGAAGUUGCCUUGAAGGCUUGCCAGGAGGUUCUUCUCAAGGUCCAGUUGCAGAACAGGGAAGUGCCAGACCAGCAACAAGUUGACAACAAACAACAACAGGACGAUCAACAUCAGCAACAACAACAACACUACUCAGAAGUAACAGAGUGCUCCGGUCCACAGUGGCACAUCAGCCCAGACACCAGCUCCAUCAAAGAGGAAGAUGAGGAGGAGGAGGAGGAAGAGGAGGGGGGGGGUUCUGGGAAGGAUGGAGACAAACAAGGAUGUACUUCCCAUCGAGAUCCUCGUCCUUCAGUCCAGCCAGAGUCAUCUUUACUGCCGUCGGCAUCGUCAUCGUCAUCAUCCAAACAAUCAUGGCUGCUGCGCCUGUUCGAGUCCAAGCUGUUUGAUGUCUCCAUGGCGAUCUCUUACCUGUACAAGUCCAAGGAGCCAGGUGUGCAGGCGUACAUUGGGAACCGCCUCUUCAGCUUCUUGGACAGUGAGGUGGACUUCUACCUGCCGCAGCUGCUCAACAUGUAUGUGCACAUGGACACGGAGGUGGGCGAUGCCAUCAGACCAUACCUGAUCCACCGCUGCAGAGGCAGUAUAACCUUCUCUCUGCUGACCGCCUGGCUGUUGGGUGCUUACUCGUCCGACAUGCACAUCUCCACCCAGCGUCACUCCAGAGGCACCAAACUCAGAAAACUCAUCCUGUCCGACGAACUCAAACCUGAACUCAAACCUGAUGCACCCAGAACCAUUUCUGCUUCUGUGAGCCCGGCGUCCUCACCAGCCCACCGCCGCUGUCACCAGAGACACAACAGCAACAACGUGGAGUCCUCCCCGUCCUUCUGCACAGCUGGCCCAUCGGACAGGGCCGGACUGGGGGAAGUGGAGGUGUUUGUCUCCCCGUCCAGAAAGACCCACCAGAGAUCCAAGUCGGACGCCACCACGGCCAGCAGCGGGCCGGGCUCCGGCCUCCGACGGACAGGAAGUAACCCGAAAGUGGAAGCUGUUCAUGAAGAGCCUGACCGUCUGCGUCCUCAGAGGGAGUUCGUUAAGUCUCUUCUCUGCAUCGGGAAGCGUUUGGCGACGCUGCCAACCAAAGAGCAGAAGACGCAGCGGCUGAUCUCAGAACUGUCGCUGCUCAACCACAAGCUGCCGGCCCGAGUGUGGCUGCCGACCGCCGAGCACCAGCACCACGUCUGCAGGAUCCCACACACACAGGCCGUGGUGCUCAACUCCAAAGACAAGGCUCCGUACAUCAUCUACGUGGAGGUUCUGGAGUGCGAGAGCUUCGAGACGUCUCCGGUUCCCGUUCGGAUCCCAGAGACGAGGAUCAGGUCUGCUCGCUCUGCGGAGAACCUGGACUGCGGAGGUGGCGUCACUGUGGCUAACGCCAAUGCUAACAGCGGGAUGACAUCAGAGCACCGAGCAGGAAGUUUCUCCACCGUCCCAAACUACGACAACGACGACGAGGCGUGGGCCACCGAUGACAUCGGACAGCUGCAGGUGGAGGCGGAGGCUCAGACCAGCAGCAGUGACAACAUCAGUCAGUUUUCGGUCGACAGCAUCACGAGUCUGGAGAGCAAAGAGCCUGUGUUCAUCGCCGCGGGAGACAUCAGGCGUCGUCUGUCGGAGAACCUGGCUCACACUCCGACUACGUUCAGACGAGACCCCGAGGAUCCGUCAGCCGUCGCCCUCAAAGAACCCUGGGAGGAGAAAGUCAGGCGGAUCAGAGAGGCGUCUCCGUACGGUCACCUGCUCAACUGGAGGCUGCUGUCCGUCAUCGUCAAGUGUGGAGACGACCUGAGACAGGAGCUGCUGGCCUAUCAGGUCCUCCGACAGCUGCAGUCGAUCUGGCAGCAGGAGCGAGUUCCUCUGUGGAUCAAACCUUAUAAGAUCCUGGUGAUGUCAUCGGACAGCGGGAUGAUCGAGCCCGUCCUCAACGCCGUCUCUCUGCACCAGGUGCGUAAACAGAGUCAGCUGUCUCUGCUCGACUACUUCCUGCAGGAGCACGGCAGCUUCACCACCGAGGCCUUCCUCACUGCUCAGAGGAACUUUGUGCAGAGCUGCGCAGGUUACAGCCUCAUCUGUUACCUGCUGCAGGUCAAAGACAGACACAACGGGAACAUCCUGCUGGACUCUGAAGGUCACAUCAUCCACAUCGACUUCGGCUUCAUCCUCUCCAGCUCGCCGCGCAACCUCGGCUUCGAGACGUCCGCCUUCAAACUCACCUCGGAGUUUGUAGACGUGAUGGGCGGUCUGGAUGGCGACAUGUUCAUCUACUAUAAGAUGUUGAUGCUUCAGGGUCUGAUUGCGGCGAGGAAGCACAUGGAGAAAGUUCUGCAGAUCGUGGAGAUCAUGCAGCAAGGCUCUCACCUGCCCUGCUUCCACGGCUCCAGCACCAUCCGCGGGCUGAAGGAGCGAUUCCACAUGUCGCUGACGGAGGAGCAGCUGCAGCUGCUGGUGGAGCAGCUGGUGGACGGAUCCAUGCGCUCCAUCACCACCAAACUCUACGACUCCUUCCAGUACGUCACCAACGGGAUCAUGUGACCGCGCGGACGCUGACGUCCGUCCGGCUGCUUCCUGUCUGAUGGAAACUCGUCUCAGCCAAUCACGGCGCUGGAUUCAGUGGAUAUGUUUACAUCUCACCCGGCGACAGAUCUGUUUUGAAUCUGAGGAUCAGCUGAUGGUGGAUUUGUUGUGCUGCAUUCACAGGCAGCUGGGAAAGAAGAGCGUCGCAGCUGGGAAAGAAGAGCGUCACAGCUGGAAGCAUAUGGCUCUGGACUUGAUGCUGAACUAAACCCUGUUUGUUGUUCUGUUGAUCUACUGGACCCGACUCAGAACCAGCACAUGGAUCAGCUGAUCUGUGACAUCACAGUUCAUCAAUGAAUUUAUUCCUGUUUGAUCAGAAACAUUCACGAUAACAAGCAAAACAAACGUUACAAGAAAAAACACUUAAGAAGUUUAAAACAUAACGUAAAAUAAUUGAAGAGAAAAGUCUGAAUGUGACAAAACUCCAGAAUGGAUCCUGAUCUUGAAGGUUUACUGAGGUAACGAGCUUCUGUCAGGACCAGGAGAGGAAAAGAUGAAUUACAUUAAUUGGCAGUGGCCUAAUAUUUAUUUAAUGUGUGGCAGCAGCUGGUCCUCAGAUCUUUCAUCAUUUAACUCUAAAUCCUAAAACAUCGUUGAGACAAACACCAGCAGGACGACGUCCGUCUGCAGCUUCUCAGCAUGGGAGAAGAAAACCGGUCGGUUCUGUUGGUCCGGUUGUUCUUAAAGAACAGAAACACUACACGAAGAAGCACAACAUGAACUUUGUCUCUGCUCUCAGAGAGAAACUGGAGACGGUUUGAAAGAAGAAGAGAAAUGUUGAGUUUAAAAUGUGGCUGAGAGCAGUUGAGCUUUCCUCAGCACGUCGACCCCACCUGUGUUCACCAGACAUAAAAUCUGAGCUAAUCCUGGAAGCUAACGCCAGGAAGCCAACGCCAGCCGUCUCUUUUUAAAAAAGUUCACAGCUUGAACAGAAAUUUAGAAAAUAUCAUCCAAAAACAGGUUCAUGACAAGAAACCAGCGACUGAAUCUGUUAGCCACCAGCUAGCUAGAAUUAGCAUGUCGGCUGCAUAAAUGUGAGGAUGCAUGCUAACAUCACGCUAAAGCACUCCAUGUUUUUAGCGUUGUUAUGCUAAUGUUACUGUUAACGCAUUAAUUGAUUAACAUUAAUGUUUACUUGCUAGUGUUAGUGUUAACAUGCUAACAUUAGCACGGUGUUUCAGUCGAGGUGAUUAAGUUAAAAUCUGCAGCGUUGUUGACAUUUUAAAUAAUUUUCAGUCUCAAUAAUAAAUCUGCAGCUUUCUGAAAUGUUCAGAUAUUAAAACAAAAACUCUAAGGCGACUGAAUAUUUUCUCAAUCAGGCUGAAACCUGCAGGAUGUAGGAAGUUCGUGUCUGGUGAACGACGAGGUCAAACUCAACUUGCUAAUCUUUAUUUCUGUUGCUGAAUGAUGUCACUUCCUGUGUUUGAGGUCCGAGUUGAAUUUCAAAAGAAAACACACUCGGCACACAACAUGUGAUGAAACUCUACAGUGUUUGAGUGGGAACGUUUGGAGCUGAGCCGACGAACUGUUUCACUUUACUUGAAUGGUUUCCUGCCGUCUUUGAGCCAAAAUGGCUGCCGAGCGGUGAAAAGUUUUGUUUGCUACAGAUUUUAUGCAAGAACCUCAUCAUCCACUAACUCUGUGUGUAAUUCUGGACUGAAUAACGUGUUGUGUGUCUAACAAUAUAUUGUAUUUGCAUAUUUAACGUACACUCGACGCUCGUCCUCCCUGAUUGGCUGCCAGAUGCAUUCCUGUGAUUAAUUCCAGCCAAUCAGGAGUGGCGGCUGUGCAGACUUUUUAUUUCUGUGUUUUACAGACAGUUUAUUUUCUUCAUGAGGAGACGAUCAGUUUCCUGUAUGUGAGCAGACGGACGUGUUCUCAGUAUUGACGAGCGAUCGACUCAAACACGGAUGUUAAAACACUCGAUCGGCUUCAGUCCAGCGAGUUUCAGCUGGAAGGACGUAAAAACUUGAAGUCCUUCUUCUGUCUUCAAAUUAACACAGUGUGUUUGAGAUGGUGACAGCAGAUGAGCUAACACACGUAGUUCUGAUCUCUCACUACAUGCUUCUUCAGCUCUGAUUAGAACUCUUAUUGGGGGGGUUUAUUUGAUUAAUGUCUUAUUUUCAGAUAAAACUACAAAUCACUGAGAGUUCCGUUAGCCUAAUAGCUAAUAGCUAACUCGCUUCUUGUCAUGUAGUACAGAAAAUAUUUCACCGUCAACAGCAGAUUUAAUCUUCUGACACGUUGUGGUGAUCAAUACUCCGGCUGCUGCUCGUUUCAGAUGUUCUCGCUGGAAUGAAGCCGAUGUUCUCUGUUCCUGUCACGUGACCAACAUCUGAGGCGUUCUUGUGUUGUGACCACUAUCGAAGGAGCAGCAACGCUCCGUUAUCGUAAUCAUGUAACCGUCUGCUAACCGUAUGCUAACCGUAUGCUAACCGUUAGCCUGCUACUUUAUACGCUGCCGCGCUUUGACACAGACGCUCUGUGACUUCAGUUUCACCACAUGAGCAACUUCAACAGCAGCUUGUUUCUCCACGUGUGAAUAUGUACGUAUGUAAAUGAACCUGUUGGUUUCCUGUGAGAACAUUAAGAUGCCUUGAGACGUACAGAAGGUACAAACUCUUAUCAAUGCAACAGGACGGGCCAAGGCGUCUCGGACCUGAGAAGUGCUUUUAUAUCUGACCUUUGACCGCUUCAGGGACGAGUUCCAACACUGUCGUCCUCUCCCGACAGUCCAGACGGUGAUAUUGAUCUGUAGGUGCAGGUUUGAUCAGAAUCUUUCAGAUCAACUGUCCAGUACUUUAAAGCUUCAGAAGCUGAACGAUGUUUUCAAAUGUUGGUUGAUAAUUGAAGGUUUUAAAAUAAUCUUCGAGUAGCAGUUUUCUGAGUGGAGUCUGGUGCGUCUGGAGAGGAGAACACGUGUGUGAAGCUCGUCCCGUUCUGAAAACCUUUCAUGCCUUCUUCCUCCAUCAGCUCCACAUUCAAGAAAUUCAAUGUGAAAAACUCUUAAAGUGCAUUUAUCCUCCUCCACACGGUGUCCUGUCGUCUUUCUGAGCUUCCUCCAUGUUUGUGACUGAACCUGGAGGCUCCGCCCCCUUCAGGUCCAUCAGAGCGUGUUCUGUUGACAUCGAGCAGAACCACGACGGGCCUCAUGUUGUCUGGGUUUCAGUGAGAUGCUAACGAUGCUAAAGACGCUAACAUGACGUGAGACCAUCAGACAUGAAAACGCUUCAGUUUAUAAAGUUCAGUUCAUCGCUGACGGAGUAAAAACACUCACAAGUCUUCAGAUCAGCCGGACGGGUCAGAACAGACGGGUCAGAACUUCACUCUGACCGAUCACAGACGAAACCUUGUUAUCCUCUCAGAACUUAACAUUGUUAUUACAAAAUACAAUGUCAGGAUUAUAUUAUAAAUUAUAUUUUAGGUUAAUUAAUCUGAAAUAAAGAUCAAAUAUUUUCUCUUUAUGAACAUAAAUAUUUGAGAUAUUUGUCACGUUAAUAAAAUCAUUUGUUGCUUUA